CUCCUAUCACUUUAAAUCUUCAAUCUCUGGUACAGCAGAGAUCAUAAAUUUGUCAGUUACCGGAACGGGGCAAAUAUUGCGAUAUUUCGCCCGAGACUACUAGUAUUUCAGAAUAGUUUGAGGUUGGCGAUUUGUCGUUAUUUAUUUAGAUUUAUUCUGUCUACACAGAUAGGUCUUUCCAAAGCACUUAAUAUUGUUUACCAAAGAAAUGGUGAUGGAGAAGCCAAGUCCCCUGCUUGUAGGGCGGGAGUUUGUGAGGCAGUAUUACACACUCUUAAACAAAGCACCAGAUUUUCUGCACAGGUUUUAUGGAAGGAACUCUUCCUAUGUUCAUGGAGGACUUGACCCCAGUGGAAAGCUGGCAGAAGCAGUGUAUGGGCAAGCGGAAAUCCACAAGAAGGUCAUGUCCCUGCAGUUUAGUGAGUGCCACACUAAAAUCAGACAUGUGGAUGCUCACACCACGCUCAGUGAUGGUGUAGUGGUCCAAGUCCUUGGGGAACUGUCAAACAGUGGCCAGCCUAUGAGGAAGUUCAUGCAAACCUUUGUGCUUGCACCAGAGGGAUCAGUGGCAAAUAAAUUCUACGUCCACAAUGACAUAUUUCGUUAUGAAGAUGAGGUGUUUGGAGAUUCUGAUGCAGAGCUUGAUGAAGAGUCAGAGGAAGAAGUGGAAGAGGAGCCAGAGGAGAGGCAGCCAUCUCCUGAGCCACUUCAGGAAAGCCCAACCAGCACCACCUAUUACGAACCCCAUCCAGUCAGUAAUGGAGUAGAAGAGCCCAUGGAGGAGCCAGCUCCAGAACCAGAGCCUGAGCCUGAACCAGAGCCCAAAAUAGAAGAGAUAAAGCCUGAAGUGGAUGACAAGGUUCUAGAAGAAUUGGAGGAAAAGGCACCUUCACCUGUUCCUGUGGAGUCCCCACCAAAUACACAGGAGACUCCCAAGGCUUUUUCUUGGGCCUUGGUGACCAGUAAAAACUUGCCUCCUGCUGGAACAGUCACCACCUCUGGAAUCCCACCCCAUGUAGUAAAAGUGUCACAGCCCAAAGUGGAACCCAAGUCAGAGACACAGGCAGCACCAAUGAGGCCCAGGGACCAGCGAACACGGGACAGGCCUGCUUUCACUCCCAGGGGACCUAGACCGGAUGGUGUUUCAUCUUCAGAGUCACAAAUAGGAAAGCCUCACCUGAGUUUUGUUAACAAAGGUGGCAGAGGAGACUCUGAAUCUGGUGACAUGGACAGUAGGCGAAUUGUCCGGUACCCAGACAGCCACCAGCUGUUUGUCGGGAACCUCCCUCAUGACAUUGAUGAGAGUGAGCUGAAAGAGUUUUUCAUGACAUAUGGAAAUGUGGUGGAGCUGCGAAUCAACACAAAGGGAGUUGGUGGAAAACUACCCAACUUUGGAUUUGUGGUUUUUGACGACUCUGAUCCGGUGCAAAGAAUCUUGGGGGCCAAGGUAGAAGGGCCCAUCAUGUUCCGAGGCGAAGUGCGCCUGAAUGUGGAGGAGAAGAAGACAAGGGCGGUGCGUGAACGAGAAACCCGUGGAGGAGGAGACGACCGUCGGGACAUGAGGCGCAAUGACCGGGGUCCUGGAGGAUCGAGAGGCAUUGUGGGAGGUGGCAUGAUGCGUGAGCGUGAUGGUAGGGGACCACCCCCUCGAGGUGGUAUGGCCCCAAAACCUGGCAUGGGCUCUGGGAGGGGCUCUGGCGGGCAGGGAGAGGGUCGAUUCUCGUCUCAACGUCGUUGAAGAGACAACCACCUGCAGUUUGGAGAAAAUACCUUGCUUUUCAUCUUCAGCCCUACACGUAAAGAAAAAAAAAAAUCUUGUAUUAACGUUUAUAGUUGUUUUGUUUUGUUUUUUUUUGUUUUGUUUUCUUGGUUUCCUUUUUGCUUUGGAAUGUGACACAGCCUGUCAACCAUUUGUGGAAUAGACCAAACAAAAAAUGCAAACAAAGAUAUGGCUUAUUAGUUGUGAGACGAGCAUCCUUUCUGGUUCCUCAAGAAUACACAAACUUUAAUUUCUAAAAUCACGAUUGAAGGAAAACCAACAAGGACCAAUGCCACAAUAGGAGGGACUGAUAAGACUUUUGACUACAGUAAAACAGCCCAUCAUUUGAAAAAGAUUUAUAUGCCUUGAUUAAACUGGGGCGCUGCUUCACAAAAACCCCUCAAUUGCACAUUUUGUAUGAUAGAGUUUCUGCCCUGUACUGCUGGGAAAGAGGGAGAUGCAUCAUUUGUGCAGUUCCAGAGGAAAAGGCUGCCUUCUACCCUUUUCCUUUCGAGAGACCACUGCUUCAAAAUUGCAUAAUGCACUCUAUCAAUAUGCACUAAUGGGUACUUCAUGUUAUGUUGACAUCCAUGCUUGGAACACAGCUGGAGAGACCUCUUUUGUCUCAAAGCGAUACGACAUACCGGGGCAGGCCUCGCUCACAGCCAUCUGCUGUGACCAAUGUACUCAUCAGUUUUUGAUCCAAAUCUACGUUUCAAUUACUGCUGGAUGGACAAGAUGACAAGCAAAAUCUGCAUUAAUACUUUUCCUUCUUUAUGAAUUAAAAAAAAACACACAUGGAUUUUCACCAAAAGUGUGGGUUUGGGGAUAAAGGAUUAAACCUGAAACAAAGUUGAACAACAGAAGAGUGGUGAUGAAGGAGGCUCACUCUCUUUUUCUUUGGAUUCCAAGUUUUGUUUUUCUUCAUGGCUUUCCCUGCCAGCUUGACACAAUACUGGGAUGAAUGGCACCUGCCUCCUACUCCCCUACUGUCUUAAGUGCAGAUAAAAAAAUAAAUGUGCAGCAAAGAUCAUAGUUUACUGUAUGUUUGGUUUUGUGUAUAUAUCUACAAGUACAUUUUUUUUCUCAUCUUGAUAAGCAUGAUGGUGCCUUCUUUUUCACCUUUUCCAGUCUUGUAGAGCAUAAAAAGGUUGGAACUAGGUUUCUCCUUGUAAGUGGAACUGCUCAUUUUGAACUAUUGUCUACUGAAGCAGAUAUAUUAAAAAAGAAAACUUGCAGUAUUCAUAAGAUAUGUUGGAUUUUUUUUCAGGAGCAUUUUUCAUUUUCCAUACUGUUUUACUACCUAAGAUGAUCUGCUGUGAGUUUUAUACAUUUGUUUGUAUUGUGUCUGUUGUGUGUGGGUUUUCUUUUUUUAAGUGACAAUAGGUGCCUCGUCUUUAAAGAUCUAAAAUAGAGAGUGCAUCUAAAGACCACUCUGACCCCCUAAAAUUAUGGUACAUUAAAAUGAUAGUAACCAAGAAAAGCGUUUGGUCCGUGUUCAAAUGGGUCUUUUAAACCAUAAUACACUGAGCAGAAAAUGUAUUUGGGUCCUGCUGAGUUGACAGUGAAGUGUCAGCUCGGCCACAGUUCUCACCACUUCAGAAUGUUGUUUCCUUAGUGAGGGUUUUUACAUGACCUGUGCAGGUGGACUGGUGGCAGCUCUAGUCAAGCAGGUGAUUCUUUUUGCUACUUUUCUAGCCAUUUAUACAGUUGUAUACACAUGCUGAUGAUUGUGUUUAUUUAAUUCAUUUUAUUUUUGCAUUAAGGCAAACCAACUCUGAUUGUUUUAUGAGCCCGCUAGUUAUUAUCCUUGACAGCUUUUGUUUUUUGUUUUACCACUCAGUGAGGGGGCCUUUAACUUUAGCUGGAAACAUGUCGCAUGAUGUAUUUUGUUAUAUUGCACUGAAAUUAGAAAUGAAAUUUGAUGUAGCAUUUUCUGGCCAAAUUAUCAAUGAGGUCUUCCUUUUCUGGUCAUAUUGCACUAUUUCAAACUUUUCUGAGACAAUCUCAGUUGAAACACAAGCCUUUCAUAAAUUGGUCUGGCAGUGGGACAAUGUGCAACGUCUUCAAAAUCACAAGUUGGAUAUAUUUCAGGUUUUCGCUGCUCUUGAUUUAAUGCAACAUAAUGUUUAAACUUCAGCUGUAGAUAGUACAGCCCCUGGGAGGUUAGACCACAGUUCGCUUCUCUAUUCCAAAUAUUUGUCGGGUAAUUACUUAAAUUGGGCACUUUCUACUGCAGUCACUGAAGAGUAGUGAAGAAGAGCCAUCAUGCUUUCAGACCAAUUGUUUGCAUUUAUAUUAUAUACGUUGUGCCGGUUCCUCUGUAUCACUCGAUUUUUCAAUGAUUUUUGUUUCAGACAAAGUCUCCCAAAGCAAAAUUUACAAGAAAAAAAAAUUAUAGUGGUUCAAUUUAUUUUUUAAAAAGUCCUCAUUGUGAAUCAUUCCAGCCUUUUUUACAGGACUAGAAAAACCUUGGCUUUAGCAGUUGUGAUAAACAGUUGGCUGCCAUCUUGAAAUUCCUGUGCUUACCCUUGUUGCUAUUACAAACAUUUGCAGGUGAUGAAUCUGAUUUUUAUUUCUUUUUUUGUUCAUUUCCCCCUUUUCCAUCUUGAUUGUGUUGGACUUAACAUACAAUAAACUACUGAUAUCAGCACCUCAAA